AUGUCUCUACGAAGCUUUCCCAGAGCUGCGACGGUCCUGCGCAGUGCUCGACCCGGUUUGCUGAACCCGGCAUACAGACUUUCACCAUGCGCUGUAGCACGGAGAAGAGAUGGGUGGCGGGCGCAGAGGAGGUGGAAGAGCGAUGAUGGGGAUAAGAAGCCCGAGGUGCCUUUUAACCUACAAUUGUUUGAGAGUGUGACUGCGCGUGUGCAGAAGGCGAAAGAAGAGGAGAUACGGCAGGCGCAGUUGCACCAGCGUACUGCGCGAGGGCGGUUCUUCGCAACUUUGUUUGCUGUCAUCGUUACUGGCAGUAUUGGUUACUGGUUUGGUCAGGCGACCUCCCCCAAGCCGGAAUCUACAUCCUCAACCGCCCCCCUAGCGACCAUAGUCCCGCCAAAACACAACAUAUCAGAAGCAAACAUGGAGGCUGCAUGGACCGACUUCCGCGACAUCGUCGGCAAGGAGAAUUUAUCGCUAGAAAAGUCGGAGUUAGAAUCGCACUCUGGAUCGUCAUGGUCAUCGCACCCUGCCGAGCCAGGAGACGUACCAUUCUGCGUCGUGAAGCCCGGCAACACCCAGGAAGUCAGUGCAAUCAUGAAGGUGUGCCACGAGAGGAAGAUUCCGGUCACUCCAUAUAGCGGAGGAACCAGUCUGGAGGGCCACUUCGCGGCGACAAGAGGUGGUAUCUGCAUCGACUUUUCGCGCAUGAAUAACAUUCUGAAGCUACACAAGGACGACCUGGAUGUGGUGGUCCAACCGGCUGUAGGAUGGGAAUUGCUCAACGAAGAACUAGCCAAGGACAACUUGUUCUUCCCUCCGGAUCCGGGCCCAGGCGCCAUGAUCGGGGGUAUGGUGGGCACGGGUUGCUCGGGCACAAAUGCGUACCGCUAUGGCACGAUGAAGGAUUGGGUGCUCUCACUGACCGUUGUCCUUGCAGACGGCACAGUUAUCAAGACUCGACAAAGACCACGAAAAUCAUCAGCGGGGUAUGACCUCACACGGAUGUUCAUCGGCUCGGAGGGCACCCUAGGCCUAGUCACUGAAGCCACCCUCAAAGUCACCGUGAAACCUCAACACACCAGCGUAGCUGUCUGCGCUUUCCCCACCGUCCGCCACGCCGCCGACUGCGUUUUCAAAGUUGUCGGCGCAGGGGUCCCGAUCGCUGCCAUUGAGAUUCUUGACGAUGUGCAAAUGCAAUGUAUCAAUGAUGCCGGCCAGACGAACAAGACGUGGAAGAACGCGCCAACGCUCUUUUUCAAGUUUGCAGGCACGCCUAACAGCGUUAAAGAGCAGAUAAGCCAGGUACAAGGUUUGGCGAAGAAGACUGGCAGUGUAAGCUUCGAGUUUGCAAAGAGCGAGGAAGAGAAGACGGAUUUGUGGCAAGCCCGUAAGGAAGCCCUAUGGAGCGUCAUGGCCAAGGGUGAGGGAAGUGAUGAUGUGGGCGUAUGGACGACCGAUGUCGCUGUCCCGCUAUCAAAGCUCCCUCGAAUCAUCGAAGAAGCGAAGGACGAGAUCUCAAAGAGUGGGUUACUGGGCAGCAUCGUCGGCCACGUUGGCGACGGAAACUUCCACUCAAUCAUUUUGUAUAACAAGAAAACCGAAUACGAAAAAGCCAAGCACCUCGUGCACGACAUGGUCAAGCGCGCCAUCGAGCUCGAGGGCACAGCAACAGGCGAGCACGGCGUUGGACUCGUCAAGAGAGACUACCUAGAGCAUGAGCUGGGGACGAGCUCGGUUGAUGCGAUGAGGCAGCUUAAGAGGGCGUUCGAUCCGCUAUGUUUGCUGAACUGCGAUAAGAUUGUUCGUGCGAGCGCGCCGAAGCCUGGCGAGGCAAAGAAAUCGUUCCUCGUUGAGAAGGUCAAGCCUGACCACACUCAUGCGCUGCUCGACCGCAAGGCAUCUCCGAACUGCGCUACGUGCGUGACACCAGGCGCAGAGCUCCGCUGCGGUGCGUACAAAGACAUCAACUAUUGCGGCGCAGAAGGCCAGAAGAAAAACUGGUCUAUCCAUAAAUUCGUCUGCAAGCAGUUCGUAUCUAGUCUUGAGUCUCCUCGUGCCGAUGCCGGCGUCCCUGGGUUCCUCUGGUUUCAGCAUUCCCGUAGCGCAUCGGAUGCCCUGUUCUUCGAAUAUCUUGAUCACGGAGGCCACGACGUCUCAGCAUCUAGUCAUGCCGAGAUUCAAUUCGAAGACGCGCGUCUGCCACAUACUGUGGAUCUGUGGGCGAAGGAACCUGCUUCUGCCCCGCCAAAUAGCGAUCUAGAGAGGAUCUAUAGGGCACCGAACAAGACCAUCGAGCGGGCUGUGGGCAUUGAGGUGGCGACCAAGGUUUCUGGGCCAGUUGUCGCCGUGGCCUUCGCUGGCGAAAAGCAGGCGGACGUGCACAGCAAUGUCACGCGUCCGGUCAUGUAG